CUACUUCUCGCAUAACAUAUUCUGAAAAUAUUAUUUUCGUUGUAAUAUUUUAGCAUUUCCUAGCUAAUUUUUAACGAAAAUGUCUGUCGGUCCUCUGGAAAAAGUUUCAAGAGAAGAAACUCUUCGCCUUAGAAAACUCUACAUUGGUCCUUUUUUAGGAAAAAGAAGACAUCCUUCAUCGUCAUUGCCGAACGAGGACAAGAAGCCUAUUUCCUCUUCCAGAAUUCACAGAAGAAUACCUUACUCUUUUAAGAAGAGUAAGGGUUCUAAAACAUAAACUUUCAAAAGCUAUCCCCAGCGAAGAUAGUGACAUUGCAGAAGCAUAUUAUAAAAUACAGAAUAAAAAAAUGUUCAUGUCCUUCCCCUUAAUAACCCGGCCUGUGCUGUUUAAAGACGUCACACAGGCCACUAACCAUUUCUUCUAAUCAUCAUCGAGGGGAAGGGAAUCAUGUACACUCUUUUUUGAAGAAGAUCCUCUGAAAAUUGUAAGAGGUGAAGGGCAGUAUUUGUAUGAUGAGAAUGGUAAACAGUACCUCGAUUGCAUCAAUAAUGUAGCGCAUGUGGGUCACAGCCAUCCCCAUGUCACGCAAGCUGCUGCUGAGCAGAUGAGUCUUUUGUGCACCAACAGUCGGUAUUUGCAUGAUAACAUGGUCUUGUACGCUCAACGACUUAUUUCUACCUUUCCACCAAAACUCAACGUUUGCUUCUUUGUUAAUUCAGGAUCAGAAGCAAAUGAUAUUGCUUUAAGACUGGCACGAGCGCAUACCGGUCAUGAAGAUGUUAUUGUUUUGGAUGGAGCGUACCAUGGCAAUUUGUCUACGUCUACAGAUAUGAGCCCUAUGAAAUUUGAAAAGAUAAGUGGCGGGAAAAAGGACUAUGUGCAUGUUGCGUCCCUUCCAUGCAGCUACCGAGGUGAAUUUACAUCUGAUGAAUACGAAACCGACGUAAUUGGUUACAAAUAUGCUGAAAAUGUUCAAAAUGUCAUUAACAAAGCAGAAGCAAAAGGUCGAAAAAUUGCUGCUUUCUUUGCUGAAUCAAUGGUGAGCUGUGGAGGACAAGUACUUUUACCCAAAGGAUAUCUUUCCCAAGUAUAUAAGUGUGUCCGUGAAGCAGGUGGAGUAUGUGUUGCUGAUGAAGUUCAGACGGGUUUCGGUAGAGUUGGAAAACAUAUGUGGGCGUUUCAGCUGCAAGGAGAAGAUGUAUGUCCGGAUAUUGUAACAAUUGGCAAGCCUAUGGGAAAUGGCCAUCCUGUAGCUGCUGUAGUCACUACACGAGAAAUUGCAAGAAGUUUCAAACAGCUCGGAGUCUCUUAUUUUAACACGUAUGGUGGCAACCCGGUGUCUAUGGCGAUUGCAAAUGCAGUUCUUGACGUGAUUGAAAAUGAGGACCUGAUGUCCAAAGCAAAAACUGUUGGACAAAAGCUUCUUAAUGAUCUUCUGGAACUCAAAAAGAGGCAUCCACUCAUAGGCGAUGUCAGAGGUGUUGGCUUAUUCAUCGGAAUUGAUCUGGUAAAAGACAGAAUUACAAAAGAACCUGCCACAGAAGAAGCAGCAUAUAUCAUAUCAAGAAUGAAGGAAGAGAGAAUUUUGUUAAGCGCAGAAGGAAAGCACAACAACGUCCUCAAAUACAAACCACCCAUGGUCUUUGAUGAACAAAACGCUGAAACCUUGAUCGAGCGAUUAGAUACAGUUUUGUCGGAAGUUGAAGAACAGAAAAGAAUGGCAGGAUACGAGUCUCCGCUUUCAGAUGCUUCAAACGAGGCUUCCAGCUCGGAUGAUGAAAUGGCAUCUGCAUCAUCUAGUUGAAAUUUCAGUGGAGAUUGAACUUUUAACCAAUAACAUAAUUCUUGAAAUCUGCACUUAUGUCUGAACACACUUUUAUUCCAAUUUCACAAUAUUUAAGGAAUUUCACCAUGUGUGUAAAUUUUCACAGUGUGUGUGAAAUUAAGAUGUAUUUUUCAAUAAUUAUAAAAAGUGAAAAAAAAAUUUUAGAUUUUAAACGCGUUUCGAAUGUCGCUCAGGUAGCUCUGCUUUCUUAUUUAAUAUCAAGUUAAUUGGAUACUUUUUCACUUUCGUAUUAAGUUUGAAUAUUAACGAAUAAGUUUAAAUUUGAUUACCGAUCGACUCGAAUGUAAAACUGUCGGACAUGUAAGAUGAUUGUGAUUAUGAAGGAAACAAAGGUUUUGAUAUAUUAUGAUCUGAUAUAUAUGAACAUGCUAUGGUAGAGGCACUCUGCUGAAAGAGGAUUAAAUUCAUAAAAUGCGUUGUUUGAAAUAAAAUGAAAUAAAUAUGUUUCUUUUUAACGUAAAACUCAAUGGAUGACCGAUAAAUUAUCUUAACGUAUUUUUAAAAAUAUUAUGCCCCCCCCCAUUUGAGAUGGAUGAAGUUUUCAGAAUGGCAUUUUAAUGGGGAAAAGGUUGUCUGUUACUCAGACCAUUACGAUAAUUCAUUUUAUUAACAUUUGAAAUAAUGUUUAAAUGCUAAUUUAUGUUGGCAAUAUUUCAUUAAUUAUUACAGAAGUAAACUGAAUGAGAUAUUUCGGUAGUUCCAUAAGUAUUCUCAGAAUAAUUUUUGGUAUUAUUUUAUAGAUAUUUAUUAUUGCUAGUGGAAUUUAAAAAAAAAAAAAACUUUUUAAUAAUGGAAUAUUUUAACAACGAAAUCAGCUCAUGAUAUGAAUAUUAAGUGCUUUAUAUGCCUUAAAGAAAUAUAUAACUGUAGAUACAUACAUAUAUAUAUAUAUACACACCUAUUUUGAGAAGUAUAUAUAUUUGUACCCGUCAACAGAAGAUAGAAUGAGCUUUUCAUUUUGCUUUAAUGCGCAACAGUGAGACAGGUUAUCAUAAAUAAUAUCGAGAACAUUAUGAUCAGUUUACGUAUGCAGCAAGUGUAAGUUUAGCAUACAUUUCUUUUAAUAUUUUAUUGCAUUUUCGAGAUUAGCUCGACUUAUAUUUGGAAUUGUUUGUUAAACUUGUUUUAUUUGCAGAGAAAGUUAUUUUUAAAGAUGUACAUUUGUAGAUACUUCAUUUUUCACUGUAAAUAUAACACUUUAAGGUAUGAAUGGUUGUUUGAAAGGAUGGUACAACACGUGUUCUGUAUUUUAUACAAAAUAAAAAAUAUACAUUUUUA